AUGCUUCAUAUUUGCACACAAGAAUCAGAGUCUUCACAGAUGAUAAAGCAUAACAAUUAUGAGACAGCUGUCCUAGGAAGAAAUGUGACCAUCUUCUGCAACUUGACAAGUCUGGCGAAUGUUGAACAAAUCACCUGGCAGAAAAUUCAAGGCUCUUUGCUUCAAAAUAUUGGCACUUACAGCCAUAAAUAUGGAGAAAAUAUUCUCCCCCCAUAUGUAAACAGGCUGCACUGCAAGAUCCUGGAACCCAAUGCUUCCUUCAUAACUAUCCAAGGAGUGACAUUUGAGGAUGAAGCCUGCUACAAGUGUCUGUUCAACACCUUUCCACAUGGAAGCCAUGGAGAACAAACAUGCCUUAACAUUCUAACUGUACCUGAAUUAAUAAUAACUGAACUCCAAUCCAUUCCUGGCUCUGAAGAUCUCCUCAACCUCCAUUGUUCAGCUGUGGGAAAGCCUGCUCCUGGCAUCUCCAUUUACCCUUCACAGGCCCUAAUGCCCACACAAGAAGAAUACUUUACUAAGAACCCAAAUACCACAGUGACCAUCACUAAAAUACACAACAUCUCUUUGAAAACUGUGAGGUCCUUGAAUCUUCGAGACCUGGUUGUAUCUAUGACUCACCCUCUAAGAAGCGAAGAGAAGAUAGUUCCUCUGCCGGUAAAUCAAGAAGGUACCAUGAAUCAUUCUUUAAAUUGGAAGAAAACUGCAGUUGUAUUCAUUAAUCUGUUUCUUAUUUCAUGUAUCAUCUUUGGGACCGUUCUCUAUAUGAAUUUCAAAAAGAAAAGGUCAGAGAACACACCUGAACCUUCGUCAACACAGAUGUCUAACUUAUUAGCAACACCAGUGCUCACAUCGCCAUAA